UCGCGUUUGCGUGUAACUUUCCGAUCCACCUUGGACCUCGUCCAAAAAAUCAGAACCAGAACCAGAAUCGGGGCCACCAACGCAGUUCUCCCCCUCAACCUCACACAAGCCUCCCCGUCCAAUACACCUCGCACAAGGCUUUCUCUCAGAACACUUUACCUUGGCAGCUUUGCACGCCUUACACGCCGAUCUAACCCUCUCGCCCCCAUCAACCUCCCUCGACAACUCAUCAGCCCCGUUCCUCUCCCCUUCCACAACAAUCAACGCCGUCUCAGACUCAGACCGACUACCACCGCCAUCAUGAGCGUUUGUCUCAUGCCUCCUCAAAACAUCCAAUCUGCCAAACCCCUUCCCGCAGACCCUACACGUAUACGGCCUCUGCUUAGUAUGCACAGAUCUGACAUGGCGCGCAAGAUGCUCCGUACGAUGAUAGCGGCGUCGACAUCUGGAACACUGGUAGAGAGCCUGUUCCUCACCCCCUACUUCCCUGCCAGUUAUCAUCGUUUAUCUUUUUCGAAAUCGGCAAGGAAAAUGGUCCAGUCUAGUUGGGAUAUAGACUCCUGUCGUUGGCUGAUUGACGGAGUACAAGGUUCGCAAACGUGA